AUGGGAGAGACAACCAACACACAAAAAGGUCACGAAAGAUCCAGCGAUCGUGAUGGCCCCAAUCAUUCGGAUAGAAUUCAAGAAUUGAAAGAAGCGAUUGAGAACCAAUCCCAACUGGGCAUGACGGAGCAGCGAGCGAAGCAAUUGACCGCCAGUCAUAUCGCAGCCCUGGACAAGUACAAUACCUGCAAAGAACAUACUCAAAGCAUUAUCAAGGCAAUUGCUUCAAUCGAGGGAAAAACUUUAGGCGAAGUCUUCGAACGGUUUGGCUUAGCAUCUUCUGAUUGA